AAUGGGUCUUCUCAGCAUCAUCAGAAAAAUCAAGCGCAAGGAAAAGGAGAUGCGGAUUCUCAUGGUUGGCCUGGACAACUCGGGUAAGACAACUAUUGUGCUCAAGAUAAAUGGAGAGGACACCAGUGUCAUUAGCCCUACACUUGGCUUUAAUAUCAAGACCAUCCAGUACCAAAAGUACUCGCUGAACAUAUGGGAUGUCGGGGGACAGAAGACCAUCCGUUCAUAUUGGAGGAACUACUUCGAGCAGACUGACGGCCUAGUUUGGGUGGUUGAUAGCUCUGAUGUCCGAAGGCUGGAUGACUGUCGCGCUGAGCUCCACAAUCUCCUGAAAGAAGAGAGACUAGCUGGAUCAUCGUUGUUGGUGUUUGCAAAUAAACAAGACAUUCAGGGCGCUCUGAAGCCCGACGAAAUCGCCAAGGUUCUGAACCUUGAAGUGAUGAACAAGGACCGUCAGUGGAAGAUCGUGGGGUGCAGCGCCUACAGCGGCGAGGGUCUGCUCCAGGGUUUCGACUGGCUUGUGCAGGACAUUGCCUCCCGCAUCUACGUCCUCGACUGAAACAAACAUAU